CUGCGGGGCGGCCCGCUUUUUGCAGAGAGAAGAAAGAUGGAAAGUAAUGCAGUUUUACUGGAAUCCAAGUCCUCGCCUAUCAACCUUCUGAAUGAAAUGCAUCAGCUGCGUCUCCUGGGCCACCUCUGCGACGUGACUGUCAGCGUGGAGUAUCAAGGUGUCAGGGCAGAGUUUGUUGCUCACAAGGCUGUACUGGCAGCAACAAGCAAAUUUUUCAAGGAGGUGUUCCUUAAUGAGAAGGGCAUGGACGGCCCAAGGACCAACGUGUUCUUGAACGAGGUCCAGGUUGCUGAUUUUGCUUCAUUUCUUGAGUUUGUCUACACUGCUAAGGUAGAAGUGGAAGAAGACAGAGUGCAGCGUAUGCUAGAAAUCGCUGAAAAGCUGAAGUGCUUGGAUCUCUCGGAAACCUGCUUUCAAUUAAAGAAGCAGAUGCUUGAAUCGGUGCUGUUGGAGUUGCAAAACUUCUCAGAAUCGCAGAACUCUGAGGAAGAGAGCGCUACCCAGCCAAGCAUUUUGCUCGAGUCCAAAGCAGCUGCUGUGGCAGAAGCUGACCAGGCAGACUGUCCUCUGGAUCCUCCAGAUUCCCCAGUAGGCAGGCCCAGCAAUGGAAUGUCUCCUGAGAUGCCGGCUACCAAAUCAAAAGAGAAAAUGGACAAAAAGAAGGAGAUGAUGAAGCCUCCUUAUGCCAAAAUCAGAAGAGCAAGUGGGAGACUGGCUGGGAGGAAAGUAUUUGUGGAAAUCCCCAAGAAGAAAUACACAAGGCGGCUGAGAGAGCAGCAGAAGAAUGCAGAGGUUGCUGUUGAAGAAGACAAAUAUCCUCAAGACCAGGAUAUGUGUGAUACGGAGAGAGAGGAGGAGCAAGCGGAGAACAACAUCAAACCUGAAAGUGAAGAAUGCGAUGGCAACUUUGAAUCGGAAGAAAACUUGAAAAAAUCUGAAGAGGAUAAAAAGAAACGAGGCAGUAACUUCAAGUGCAGCACAUGCGAGAAGGAAUUCCUGUAUGAGAAGAGUUUUCUAAAGCACAUAAAGCACAGCCACGGCAUUGCUGCCGAAAUAAUUUAUCGGUGUGAAACCUGCAGUCAGACCUUUGCCAACCGGUGCAACCUAAAAAGCCAUCAGCGCCAUGUCCACAGCAGCGAGCGCCACUUCCCUUGUGAGCUCUGCGGUAAGAAGUUCAAGAGGAAGAAGGACGUCAAGAGGCACAUUCUCCAGGUUCAUGAGGGUGGUGGGGAGCGUCAUCAGUGCCAACAGUGUGGAAAGGGGUUGAGCUCCAAAACUGCCUUGAGGCUCCAUGAAAGGACGCAUACAGGCGACAAGCCUUAUGGGUGCACAGAGUGUGAGGCUAAAUUUUCUCAGCCUUCUGCACUUAAAACACACAUGAGAAUCCAUACUGGUGAAAAACCUUUUGUCUGUGAUGAAUGUGGUGCCAGGUUCACUCAGAAUCACAUGCUUAUAUAUCACAAACGAUGUCACACAGGGGAAAGGCCUUUUAUGUGUGAAACGUGCGGGAAGAGCUUUGCCUCUAAGGAGUACUUGAAACACCAUAACAGAAUCCAUACUGGAUCCAAACCAUUCAAAUGUGAAGUUUGCUUCAGAACAUUUGCACAGAGGAACUCACUCUACCAGCAUAUAAAAGUUCACACAGGCGAACGACCCUACUGCUGUGACCAGUGUGGUAAGCAGUUCACACAACUGAACGCGCUGCAGCGGCACCAUCGAAUACACACUGGAGAGAAGCCAUUCAUGUGCAAUGCCUGUGGGCGCACUUUCACCGACAAGUCCACCCUCCGCCGGCACACUUCGAUACACGAUAAAAACACACCCUGGAAGUCCUUCCUUGUCAUUGUUGAAGGAGCAUCUAAGAAUGACGAAGGUCACAAAACAGAGCUUCCCGACGAAGAAUACGAUGUGUCACCUAAAAUACCAGAGAAGCUGCUGUCUUUCUCUGAAAACGGCCACUAUCAAAACUUGGCUGCUGUCCCGGGGGGUGUCACUGCGCUGCACGACAACGGUUCUGCCGCGGGAACAGACUGUAAGUCGGAUGGGACCCCGGGACCCCAGGAAGCCCUUAUGGCUACCACGUUAAGUGAGCUGACAGUGCUGCACGCGCAGACAGACGCUAUUCAGCCGCAGCUUCAUGCUCUGGUGAAUAUGGAAUGAUGAGGCAUUUGCAAACCCAGUUGAAGCUGCACCCUUUGUAUAGUCCUUUGACUUUGCCAAUAACCUUCGGAGGGAACCAGGGGAAGCUAUUGCAAGGAAGCAGGGCUAGAUGUGAAAGACAUGCACUGGAUUUCCAGAAUUUCCUCAAAAAAAGUCAUUACCCACCUCCAAAGUGUACAGCUCCAUCUCCUGAAGGUAGGGCAGGGUCACACCGCACCAGGGUGCUGGUAGAGGCAGCCAGAAGUCCCAGGAAGUUUAUUCCCUACCAAUAAAAGGGUGUGGUUUCAGCUUGUUCGUUCUAGCUGGCCUGCAGUGAAAGUAAGGACCUAUGUUCAGAGAGGUUAUAAAGCAGGUGGGAGCUUGAUUUGCGGUUGAUUUGAUGACACAUGUACAAUCAAGAGAAACGAUGUUGUGUUUCUCAGCCUAGUAGCUUAGCGAAAUUAAUUGUGUUUUCCCUAGUGGAAAUUCAUGCAGAAAAUAAAUUUUAUUAAAUUACUUUUCAGGAAAUGUUGGUUUAUCUCUGCUUUUGCCAAAGAUCCAAGCAGUGAGGCAGCUCGCUCCUUGGGACCGCGAAUGGGAGCGAGCUUCAGAAAGGUGUAGAGUUUCACUCCGGGAGUUUUGAUUCUCUAGUUGCAAAAUGGGCCAGUGGGAGCCACGUGCUGAGUCCGUGCAGGCGGUGGGCUUGUUUUGUACCUUUCAGUGAAACCUGGUGCAGUUUGACAGUUGUGUUCAGCCUUCAUCUUCUAGCUGCUCCAGCUUACGUACAACUUGGCAAUUAAGAGAU